AUGUCGGACGAAGAGGGCUUGUUAGUCGUUGCAGCCGGGGGCGAUCUCAUCCUUGACGUUGCCCAGGAAGAGGGAGGACAGCGUUUCUCGUACCGCGUCGACUCCAAGAUCCUCCAGCAAAACUCGCGAUACUUCGAAAACCUACUCAGUCACCGGUUUCAUGAAGGCCAGCAGCUAGCAGAGUCGCUUGAGGCCCUUAGAUUGAGCGGGCACAAGAAUAUUGGCGAUGCACCUGAUGACGUGCUUCCUCACAUAUCCAUUGUCAAUGUCGGUCGAGUAGCAGUGGCUAAAGUCUCAUCCAUCCGCAAUUUGCUCGCAGACUUUCUCCGUGCCAUCCAUGGCCUAGACCUUGCCGUAUCAAACCCUCCCGUCGCCAACCUGGCCAACCUCGCCGUCGUGGCCGAUCGAUUCGAUGCCGUCGCGUGCCUUUCGAAAUACGUACAGAAGAAAAAGUACAUGCAACUCCUCGACGCCAAGUCAAGAGGCAAACCAAAUACAUCACAGACAGAAGAGAGAAUACGACAGAAGCUGUUAGUCGGUCUUCUUUUUGACCACCCAUCGUGGGUAACGCGAUACUCGAAGCAUUUGAUCAUACGAGACUCCAUACAAUGGCAACCGGGCACAGGGGAGGACCAUACAAAGGCGCUUUGGUGGGACAUACCGAAUGGCGUCGAGGACGAGCUCAUUCAGCGGCGGGAGUACAUUUUGGAAACGAUCAACUCACUGCAGUCGCACUUCCUCAAGUUGUAUACUUCUGGAGAGCGACAAUGCAAGCUUGGCUACGAUACAUCGUUGCAGUGUGAUUCGUUUCAACUUGGAGAAAUGGUUCGUUUCUUUUUCAAGAUUGAUACCGUGCGUCUGCAAGGCAAGAUUUACGACAAUACAGAGCCAACAUAUUAUCUCGGAGACGUUGACCGUCUUCUGUCGUCGCUUCGCCAAUGCUCCAAUUACCAAGUCGACAACAACCAUGCGCAUUGCGGACUACGAUCACGAUUGCUUCCGCUUCUAGAUCUUGUACAGAGCCAUCUUAGUCUGGAUACCGGCAGUCCGGACGUUGGCAUCUGCGCUGAAUGUUGGACCACCCGUCGAACCGAGUACGCCUGGCAAUUAGCCAAGAGACCGGUGUUGUGGGCUCACCCAAGAUCUUUGACGGGUAACCGAUUGCUUGCUAACGGGGGCACACGAAAAGGACCCCAAGUAACAUCGAGUGGCUGCCUUACCAGGCACGUGGCGGUAAGGGAUAUGUUCAUGGCUAGCGAGAGAGAUUGGACUCCUAGAGACGUACGUGCAUUAAAGGAUUAG